AUGGAAUUUGAACAUGUUGGUAUCAGUGGGACUGAUAUUCAUCCUGGAAAGCUGCUCUACUUGGCUGGAGCCAUGGCUGCACCUGAUGUGGAUUAUAAAGUGAAUGGAACAUGAGGCCACAAGCAUUGCAACAUGUCUUUGCUUCAGCAGCAUGCUGCCUUCUUCGACCAGAAUGGUGAUGGUAUAAUUUACCCUUGGGAGACACUAAGAGGAUUUUGUGCUAUCGGUUUCAAUCUGAUUGCCGCUUUCAUCUUCACUAUCAUUGUUCAUUUGACUAUUAGCUAUCCUACUCUUCCUACAUGGAUACCCUCACCUUUCUUCCCAAUAUACAUACUAAACAUACAUAAGGCAAGUCAUGGAAGUGAUUCAGGAACCUAUGAUACAAAGGGAAGGUUCAUUCCAGCAAAUAUGGAGAGUACAUUCAGCAAAUAUGCUUGCACAGUGCCUGAUAAGCUCUCAUUAAGGGAGCUGUGGUGCAUGACUGAGGCAAAUCGCAGUGCAUUUGAUUUCUAUGGCUGGAUUGCAAGGAAGUUUGAAUGGGGUGUUCUGUACAUCCUUGCAAAAGAUGAAAAAGGAUUCUUAUCAAAGGAAGCUGUGAGACGAUGUUUUGAUGGAAGCUUAUUUGAAUAUUGCACCAAGAUGCAAAAGGAUGCGGCUUAUUAG